AUGCCUUUGCCUGGCCUCGGUUUCCUCAAAAAGAAACGGGCGAAAGAGGGCAAUACGGACCCUUCUUCGACUAGCCACCCAACCAGCCCCGUCACCCCUACCUCGGCCUCGAGCCUCAACCACAACUCCAUCCAGAGCAGCAUCGCCCAGGUCUCGUCGCACUCGAGUGCGUCGCAGGCCGCUUCCCAGUCGGCCACGGCCGGCACUUCCAGUUUCACCAUCGAUACAGACCACACACCCAUCCCCUUGCCGCACGAGACUCCCGUCAACAUGAAUUCCCUCCCGGUUCAACAGCAUUCCUAUCCCCCUCAGCACACGCCCUCUCCUGGAGCCGCGGAGCAGCAGCAGAACCUCCCGUCCAUCUCCAACCUCAUACACCAACCGCAAUACGACCAGCCCGGCACCUAUCAACAGUCGUCCAGAUACGUCCCAUCUGUAUCCCCAGCUAACGGCGGCCUGCCUGCGCCGCACACGCCCCAGCCCUCCAUGCCCCAAACACAGCAAGCAUCACUGCAGCCGCCCCAUCACCAGCAACAGCAGCAGCAAUCUCAAGCUCAGCAGCAGCAACAGCAACAGCCCCAACAGCAGCAGCAGCAGCAGCAGCAGCAACUACAGCCUCAGCCUGGUCAGCCCAGGGUUACCAAGGGCAAGUAUUCGCUCGCCGACUUCGAGAUAUUGAGAACCCUCGGCACCGGUAGCUUCGGCAGAGUCCACCUGGUCCAGUCUCGGCAUAACUCGCGCUUCUAUGCCGUCAAGGUGUUGAAAAAGGCCCAAGUGGUCAAGAUGAAGCAAGUCGAACACACCAAUGACGAAAGAAGAAUGCUCGGGGAGGUCAAGCACCCUUUCCUAAUCACGCUAUGGGGAACGUUUCAGGACUCCAAGAAUCUCUACAUGGUGAUGGAUUUCGUAGAGGGUGGCGAGCUCUUCUCGCUGCUGAGGAAGUCCGGGCGCUUCCCUAACCCCGUUGCCAAAUUUUACGCUGCUGAGGUCACGUUGGCCUUGGAGUACCUGCACUCGCGGGAUAUCAUUUACAGAGAUCUGAAGCCUGAAAACCUUCUUCUUGACCGCCACGGCCAUCUCAAGAUUACGGAUUUCGGGUUCGCCAAGCGAGUGCCAGAUAAGACGUGGACGCUAUGUGGCACUCCAGACUAUUUGGCUCCAGAGGUUGUUUCCAACAAGGGCUACAACAAAUCUGUAGAUUGGUGGUCGCUGGGUAUUUUGAUUUACGAAAUGCUUUGCGGUUACACGCCCUUCUGGGACGGAAGCUCCCCCAUGAAGAUCUACGAAAACAUUCUCAAGGGCAAGGUCAGAUACCCGCAGUGGGUCAACCCCGACGCCCAGGACUUGUUGGAACGGUUGAUCACGGCAGACCUGACCAAGCGCCUUGGAAACCUGUACGGCGGGCCUUCAGACGUCAAGAGACACCCUUGGUUUGCCGAGGUGACCUGGGACCGACUUGCGAGGAAAGACAUUGAUGCGCCCUAUACCCCGCCGGUCAAGGCCGGAGCAGGAGACGCAAGCCAGUUCGAUAGGUACCCAGAGGAGACUGAGCGGUAUGGAUCAGGAGGGUCGGAUGAAUUCGGCCACUUGUUCCAGGACUUUUAA